AUGUCUGCAAAGCGGCAGCUGGAGAACGGGCACGUGUCGUGGCUCGUGGAGAGCAACUCUGACCCUCCGGACUGGCUGCGCCUGAGCCCUGCGUCCAUGGUGACGUGGCAGCGCCCCGACGGCGGCCGCACCAGGCUGUACAAGCUACCCACUGACGGCCGGCUCCUUACGCGGCCUGGCGACCUGCAACCUGUGCGCGACUUCCAGGGGGUCACUCUCACCGCAGCUGUCGUGUUCACUAAAAUGCCUAUGGAUCGCCCAGUGGAACGACUUAUGAGUUUGGAGGACAAACAUUUGGACACAAUGUCUAAGUUAAAUUAUGCAGUGAAUUUGUACCUGAAGGAUAUUCUGAAUUACAGAUUACGGGUGGUACCAGUCAAAACAUGGGGCUACUUGCACAACGGAACGUACGGUGGUAUGAUUGAAUUAAUGCAACGGGAUCUCUCACAAGUGUCUGGGUCAUCGCUCAUCAUGAAAAAGAACCGCUGGGAUGUCGUCGACUACACAGGACCUGCCUGGCGCUUCAAGUCGUAUCUGGCGUUCCGCCACCCGACCAGCCAGGGGCUGCGCAGCUCGCUGUUCGCACCCUUCUGCAGCAGCGUGUGGGUGGCCAGCGGUGCCGUCUGGCUUCUUAUCAUGAGCUCGCUGCGGCUCAUCACGUGGAUCGGCUCGCGCCAGGCGGGCACCAUCGUGCAGGCUGAGAGCUCCUGGGGCGCCGUCGUCGUCUUCGCCGCCUGCGCUAUUGGCUUACAAGGCACAACGGAGCGGUCGCAGUGGCUGUCGUGGCGCGUGGUGCUGCUGUUCACGUUUCUGCUGUCGCUGAUGCUCAACACGUACUACGGCGCCGCCGUCGUGGGGUCACUGCUCUUACCGCCGCCCAAGACCAUUCGUACGCUGCGACACCUGAUAGACAGCCCCAUACAGGUCGGCAUUGAGGACAUCGGCUACAAUCGUGACUACCUUGAGAAAUCGACAGACCCAGUUGUGCGCGAGCUGUUCGUACGCAAGGUGUUCCCGCCGACAGCGAAACGGCCAGCCUACUACCAGAUCGAUGUGGGCGUGGAGCGGAUGCGCACGUCGCUGUUCGCAUUCCAGGCGGAGGCGGUAACGAUGUACCCGCUCAUCCUGCGCACGUUCAGCGAACGCGGGAAAUGCGCGCUCUCAGAGAUCAUCCUGGUGCCCCACGGCAUGACCUAUCUUGCCGUCCCCAAGGGCUCGCCGCUGCGGGAGCACAUGUCGUACGGGCUACGCAAAGUGUGGGAGAGUGGGCUGCUGAACUACCAGGAGCGCAUCUGGCACCCGCCGCGGCCGCCCUGUCUGCAGGCGGGAGAGGCGGAGAGCAUCCGCAUCAUGUCGGUGGCACCGGCAUUCCUCAUAGCCAUUGCAGGCAUCCCGCUCGCCUGCCUCAUCGCCUGCAUCGAGCAACUCAGAGCUCUCCGGGAGCGGCGUGAAAAACACUUGCCAGUAAAAGGACAUCGACAGAAAAGAGCACAAAGGAGACGAAAAAGGUUGCCGCGUUUGCCCCCUCAUAUCCCUAAGCGCUUGUAA